AUGUAUGUUGGAAUACAUUCAGCUUGCGAAGAUCUCGCGAAUCGCGUUAUGAGAACAUCUUUGUGUCUCAAAGUCAACUCCAUUGGGGACCUCUGGUUUACUCUUGAACGCCGUUGUGCUAGGGUUGUUAAUCAAGAUCCCUGCAAGGCUGGCAUGCAUUUCACUCCCCCAAUUCCCAACUCUCAACCGGGCCAACCGUUUUCAGUGGGCUUUGAACGAUAUUACAUCCCGUCACAUAAUAUUUACAGAUGUGGAGAUCAUUGGGAUGGUUGGUGGGAUGAAGAUCCUGUUGCAAUCCCAGACUUGAGCAUACUCCUCAUCCAAAACUUAGCACCGGCAGGAGAUGCUGUUCAUCGACUACCAAACAACCUCAAUAAAUUCAGGAAGCACGUCGAGAGUCUGCCACAAGAAGUCAAAGAUCUCAUUUGCUCAUUUGUCGCUCAAGCGCCUCUCCACCUGGAAUGUAAUUACAUCAUGCCACAGUCCAUGUGGAGGCAGGUACUUCUUCAAGUGCCGUUUCUUUGGGAUCUUGACGCCCAAGCUGUUCAUGACAAGGCUGUCUCACGAGACUCAGAAUCACUACAAUGGGAUUGGGAGAAGAUUACACGGCAGAUUAUGAGUCCAGCCGAGAUCUCACCAAGCGAAGCACUUGAGGAUGACAAAGGCAUAUGGAGCUUUGAUAAACUUGGCCUCAGCGUACCCGGCGGCUUUACCAACCGACGUCGGAUCUGGCAGAUAUUGGAAGAAAUGUUACCAAACGACGUGGGCCCUUAG